ACGCCGUGGGUGACCUCACUUUCCAACAUGGCGGCGGCGGUAGAUUAGGGCCGUGGGUCGGAGUAGUCGCCGCUGCUGGGGACUGUGGGAGACACCCGCCGCUGCCGCCGCGUCUUUCCUCUUCUCCGGGGCAGGGCCAGGGCAACUAAAUGGGAAAAUAGCUUCCAGGAGUAGUGGAUUCAUAGUGUAGGACCAAGCCCUAGUGGUAACCCGGGAGGCAAAAUGGAUGAGAGCUGCCUGCAGCCCUGCUUCAGCACUGGAGGCUCCCCUGCAGGUGGGUGAAGAGCCUUUCAUGAGAAUCUAAGGUCUCCACCACACCUGUAAAUACACCUGCCCUGGAGCUCAACCGCCGCACCGCGCCCAUGGCGUCCUCCACUGCCGUGCCUCUAGGAUUUCACUACGAGACUAAGUAUGUCGUCCUCAGCUACUUGGGACUCCUCGCUCAGGAGAAGCCGCAAGGGCAAUACCUUUCACCCCAAGGGGCUCAGCCAGAUGUAGCUUCACAAUCUCUGGAUAAAGAAACUUUAUUGAAAGUCAAAGCCGAAACUGAAGAGGAGUUAAAGUCCUUGGAUAAAGAAAUUUCUGAAGCCUUCGCCAGCACUGGCUUCGACCGUCACACUUCUCCCGUGUUCAGCCCUGCCCACCCAGAAAGUUCUGUAGAAGACUGCUUGGCUCACCUCGGAGACAGGGUGUCACAGGAACUGAGAGAGCCUCUCUACAAAGCCUUGCAGAAACUCCUGAGCCAGCCACUGACAUAUCAGGCAUACCGGGAACGCACACUGGAGGCGGCAGCCCAGGCCGGCGGCUGGAAUAAGGUUCUGGUGCCCCUCGUCUUGCUGCGACACAUGCUCUUGGAGCUGACAAGAGGCGGUCAGCAGCCGUUCCGCACGCUGCUGCAGUUCGGCGUGAUGUACCUGGAGGACUGCGCCGCAGAGGACAUCAUUCAGCAAGGUGGCUGGGGCAGUAUCUUUAGCCUGGAGUCAGAGGAGGAGGAAGACCCCGGCAUCAUCGCAGAAGACAGCAACGACAUUUACAUCCUGCCCAGCGACAACUCUGGACAGGUCAGCCCUCCUGAGUCUCCGACGGUGACGACCUCGUGGCAAUCGGAGAGUCUGCCUGUGUCCCUGUCAGCCAGCCAGAGCUGGCACACAGAAAGCCUCCCUGUGUCCUUGGGGCCCGAGUCCUGGCAACAGAUCGCCAUGGACCCCGAGGAAGUCAAGAGCUUGGACAGCAACGGGGCCGGGGAGAAGAGCGAGAACAACUCCUCCAACUCAGACAUUGUGCACGUGGAGAAGGAGGAGAUCCCUGAGGGGGUGGAUGAGGCUGCCUUCCCAACUGGGGAGCUGCGGGAGGCCUUCGGGGAAGGCCUGGCACCCCCACUCCCACAUGUCGCUGCCACUUCCUCACUGGAGACCAGGGAGCCCAACACUGAGAGGCUCAGCUCUCCAACGACGUCUCUGUUCACAGAAUUGAGUGAUGAGGAGGUGAGGGCAGCUGCUGGGCCUGAGGAGAAUGAGGCGGCGGCCAUCCCUGCCCCGGAGCCUAGAGAAACGCUGCAGAGUGAGGAGCGGGCACACACGGGGAAGGAUCUGCUCCCCUCGGGGUCCCCUGCCACCCUGCAGGAGAAGGCCACCCUGUUCUCCGAGGGCAAGUCAGUCCUGCUGUUCGGAGGGGCAGCCGCGGUCGCCAUCCUGGCCAUGGCCUUCGGGGUGGCCCUGGCCCUGAGGAGGAAGUAGCAGGUUCUCGGAAGAGAAGGGAGCCAGGCUGUGGUUGGGCGGACUGGGGGUGGGACUCUGGGGUGAUGGGGGCCCUCUGCUGGCUGGGCAGAGCACAGCGUGUGGUCUUUGUGCUGGGCCUGGGGGAGAGGGUGCUCCUGUCUGCUGAGUCCCAGGGGCCUCGGCUCCCGCUGGGUGCAAACUCCCCAAGUAGAGUGCUCCUCCUCGGACAGGGCUCCUCCACCUUGGCCGGAACACCAUCUUCACCGCUCUUUGUUGUAGGAGGCAGGCCUGUGCAGUGAGACUCAGCAUGCCCAGCCUCUCCCCACUAAUGUCAGUAGCACCCAGAAAUGUCUCCUGACAUUGCCAAACUCCCCUCCCCCGGGGGGUGAAGGAAGCCCCUGGAGCCACACAGCUGGAGAAGGAGAGAGGGGAGGGCUGGAUGUUCCCGGCACGGGAGCUGAGCUGAGGUUCCUCUGCCCCUCACUGUUCCUGACCUGGGGUGUCCCCUUCUGCAGCCAUUCCUCCUGGGCUCUCCUUUCCUUCCCCACCUUCUUGGUCCUGUGAUGUGAGGGUGCUCACUCCUCCCAUCUCAGCCGCCUCUCAGGUACUUCCCUACUGCCUGCCCCCCAGGUUCCUCCUGAGCCCCCCCCCCCCAUGGGAAGGCGCCUUGCUGUGCACCCGACGCUCCCCCCCUGUAGCCUUUUAGUCACCUGGGGGGAGUGUGGUGCCCUGCCUCCAAGAGAGCGUCUCUGUCAGCUGCCUCGUUCAGUAGGAGGGUGGCCUCCUACCACCCUCUGUCUGUGGGUAGGGGGUGCCCGCAUCACUGUUGCUGGAUGGUCACUGUGACCUGGGCUUGGUCUCCUCUCAGCUAGUCUGUGACCUCUGGCCACUGGGACCAUCAUGGAAACAAAGCAGGAAAAGAGAAGCUUGCAUUUCUCACAGGUCACACUGGAAAUUUUGUUUGGCUUUCAGGGUUCAAGGACGGAGGCAUCUUCCCUCUACUUCUUUCUCCUGGCCCAAGGGGUCAGAGAGAGGAACCAGAAUGAUCUUGUCAGUAUCUGGUAGCUGAGGAUGUCAGCCCAGCUUCCUUUCAUGUCCCCACUGGGGGCUGGGCUGGCCGUCCAGGCCCGAGUGUCAGUGUGGCUCUGCAGGGCACAGGGCUCCAGGCUAGUCAUCUCAGACUGAUUUUAGGACACGAAACAGGUUACUUUUUAGAUCCUGAUAUUUGUAAUAAAACUACCUACCCAGGUCACCAAGA